AUGGACCUCCCUCUCGAGAGCAUCCCGGACGGCUGGACCACUGAUCCAGCUGAAAUUCAAUUCGAACUGAUCUGGAAAGGCCCCGAAAGUGAAGGCCAGAAGAUGGCGAGGAGGUUCGGCUUAUCAAGCCCCCAGGUUGUCAUGACCUCCAGGCGUGAAACUGGCGUCCCCGAGGCUAUGUUCGAAUCAGACAAUCGAUGUUUCAUUUGGGACCAAAUGGAUGACACAGUCUGGCAAAUCACGAAGCCAGUAGGAUUGAUGUCCGUUCUCCACACAAUGGUUACAAAGGGACAGAAAGCUUUGAAAGCGAAGGAACUUGCGACGGUUGAAGUUUGGGAGGAUGAGGACUCGAAGUAUACCGAGUAA